UGUUUAUUGUUGCUCUGAGCCAGCGCGCGCGAGGAGUGAACGACGACCAGAGAUUCUCUUCUUAUUCUUAUUCUUAUUUAUCUACGAGGCGCGCGCUCUGACACGCAGAUGAGUGAUGAGCAGAUCGCGGGGUUUCCGUGAGCGGAGACACAGUUAAGAAGACAUCCCGUCUACAAUCGUCUCUCAGACAGACAUACAGGAGAAAAACAACCUGAAUGAUGGAGGACAAAAGGAAGAAGAGGAGUCCCAAAGUGUCUCUCCCACAACCUCCACCUCCGCCGGUAAAUCCGCGCAAACUCUCCGUCCUCCCAGCUAGCAAGAGCGCCACCUUCUGUCUGGGUCUCCCACAACCGCCGUCCCCUAAACCCCGGGGCAAGUACAAGAGAUCCGUAGGGGCCAUGGGGAUGACCAAAGAAGUGCUCACUGUGCCCAUGCUCCCACCCAGGGCCACGAGCCGGCCUCACAGAGAGAAACCCCGGGCGCCCCAGCCAGCCGGACCCAGCCGAGUCGCGCCAUCCUCCUCUCCUCUUCAGCACUCCUUCCUCACUGACGUCUCAGACGUGCGAGAGAUGGAGGGAGGACUCCUCAACCUGCUCAAUGACUUCCACUCAGGGAAACUCCAGGCCUUUGGUAAGGUAUGUUCGUUCGAGCAGCUCGAGCAUGUCCGGGAGAUGCAGGAGAAACUGGCUCGCCUUCACUUCAGCCUGGACAGUCAUGUGGAGGAGCUCUCGGAGGACCAGAGGAAAAGUGCUUCAGACCGCAACCUGGAGCACCUGCUCUCAAAUCUGGAAGAGCUCAGCAGCUCCAUACAGAAAUUACACCUGGCAGAGAAUCAGGACUUACCCAAGGCAUCUGAUCCCUGAGACCGAGACAAUGCGAAGUUAUCUGUUGGCAUCCCGGAGCUGCUGAUGUCAUCGCCACGGCUCCAUCAGCUAAGCUAAAACCAAGGCAAAGAAGCGGCUCACAAACACGUCGCUGCUUACGGCAACAAGCACAAAAACCGAUAGCAAAGUACACCUUCUGCUUUGCUUUUUUAAAGCACUGUGACCUCUGAAGAUCUGCUUUGAAUUUGGUUUGACUGUACUUUGAGUUUUGAAAAACUUAUUGAUUAUGUUGUGAGUUUCCGUGCUGAAUGUUCUGAAGAUAGAUAACAGGAUGGCGCCUUCAAAAACAGAAUUGUGUUUUUUUGACAUCGUAUGAAAAUAAUGUUUGCAUGAAUUUUGAGGGAAAUUCUCCUUUGGUGGUGAUUCGAAUUGCUGAGAUUACAUGGUUGUCUGUGUGCAUACUGUAUAUCUGUAUAAUUUAUAUGAGGUUUCCUGUUUCUUGAGGUUGGUUGAAAUCCAUAACCAUAUAAAUGGCUUUCAGCAGGAACGCUUUUUUUUUGUUUUUUGUCAAAGUGAGACAGGAUCCAAUGCAGACACAAAGCUGUCGUUUAAACUCACAACAUUCUGGUGGCAAACACAGAACCUGUACUGUUAAGUUUGCAUCGCUAGAGUUUACGUUGCGCUUCAUCUUCACCACUAGCUGGAGAUUCGCUCAGGACUGUUAAAGAUGGUUCCUCGUCAGGUUGUAGCACAAACAAGAGUAUUUUUUUUUAAGAAAUUGACUUAAAGAAAUAGUUACAUCCUAAAAUUAAUAUCUCACGACAUUUACCAAAUCAGCGGAAACAUGUUUGGUGCCUGAGGUGUGCUAGUCGCAUUUCUUUAGUUAGCAAAAACAACAAAUCAAACUGUUAUUAAACCCUUUCCUAUACACUUGAUGACCAUGAUAUAUGGCUUAGAACACAGCUUGAAGUCUAGAAACAUAAUAAAGGUUUGCAAUGCCUUGGAACUUUCUCCCGCCACAGAGAAAGGUAUUUUUGAAAGUCUGAAAAUGUAGCAGACAAUAACAUAGCAUGUAUUUUCAGGGAAAAAUAGGUCUUGAGAUAGACUUCUAUUACUUCUAUUACGUUAUCUGUUUUAGCAUUGUAGCUCUCAAACACCAAACAUGACUUGCCUGAUUUGUGUGUGUGUGUGUGUGUUUGUUCCUAACAUAUACAUAAACGUUUAGACCAUAGAAUGAAUAAUUAAUAGCAUGCAGUAGCUGAAUGAGAUUUAAAAAGUUCAACACUAUAGCUAUGUUAUGUUAUAUUUAUUUAUCAUUGAUUAUAUUUUUUAGAAAUAUGGCACAGUAUACAGUACCUUGAACCUACAACCCUCUGGCUGCUAGAAGCCAAGCCACUGUCAAAUUCACACCUUAAUUUUAGGUGUGUAGUUUUGUGUUUUGCUAACUGUUCAACACGUACGCUGUUGUCAUCACUAUUACGCAAGAUGUGUGUAUUUUUAUGGUUAGUUGUAAAGUAGAGUACAUUUAAA